AUGUCAAAUACAACAGCUGUGUUUGAAUCGAGCUACCAGCCAGAGCAUAUACGCCAGGAGCUUAUGCCAAUCAUAUUUGGCACUGAUGCCGCAGGAGAACACCACUCACUCUUUCGCAGUCUUCAGCGCGCCACACUUCUCAGAGACGUCAAUGCACCCCUAUAUCCUACCGAAGAGGAUGAGAAAAGUCUACGACAACGUGAGGAUAUUACCAAGCUUACUUGGGAGUAUGAACAGGCAAAAACAAGAUCCUCCUCUCCCGAUAUCAGUCGAGCUUAUGCUACGCUGGCGAAUAGACGGAAACAGAUACUGGCCUUGAUGGUGGAAAAGCGGAGAGGUGAAUAUUUGGAAGAGGUGGAUCGACGCCGGGCGCUAGGCCAGUCGAUUGAAGAUAUCCCGAUACCCCGAGGCACCCCUCCUGCCCCCCAUCCUCACGACCAAGGAGGUUACAUGGGCAGGUUUUUGGCUGGCAGAGAUCUUGGGAAGCCAAGGAGAACCGAGAUAUACUGUCGAAUGCUCGUCUCAUAUUUGGGGCACCGUGUCACAGAGCUUAAGGCAGUGAUACAUUCUCUCACCGAAGCGCAGACGAUGGUUGAGGAACCUGAUACUAAGGCAUGGACAUGCCUCUUUUGCCAACGCACCUUCGCUAACCGUAAUGGUUUAACACGGCACAACCAAGAUCAACACUUCAAGAAGGGGACGUUCGACAAACCUAUACCAUGCCCCCUUUGUCCCGAUAUUAUUAUUGAAGGUCCUCAGGCGUGGAGUAACCACACAGCCAAGUGCCACGGUAUAAAUUAUACGCCGUGGUUGCCUAGUAAAAGGUCUGACAAAAAGGGACGUCCAACUAAAACACCAACGACCAGAUCAGCCCGAUGCCUGUUUUGCGAACAAAUGCACCACCCCGGAAAUAGCCACUCAAGACAUGUCAAUAAGUCCCAUAGCAAGAUGUUCAAAAAGCCAUUUGAAUGCCCGGAAUGCAAGAGGAAAGGUUUGGUAGCGGUGGAAAUAAAAACACGCGAGGAGUGGUUGGACCAUACAUGGAACUGUCAUCAGCAGGACGGACAAGCGGGAACAGCUGUGUGUGGCAAGAUAGAAAGAAAGCGGAAAAGGAAGGAUAACGGUGUCCAGGACAUUGAUACGAAAAAGCGGAAAGAGAGUAUGUAG